AUGAUGGGUUCUGUUGUACUUUCCUGUGAAGACUGCACAUCCUGGCAGGGUCUCCUGCUCACAGUCACCCUUUUAACAUCCUGGCUGCUUCCUACUACUUCCAAGCUCACCAUUAAAUCAGUGCCUCCCAUUGCCGUUGAAGGGGAAAACGUUCUUUUGUUUGUGCACAACCUGCCGAAGAAUGUUAAAGCCGUUUCCUGGUACACAGGAGUUGCACCAUUCAAGUGUAGUGAAAUUGCAAGUCAUGUGGUAGCUACCAAUUUUACUGUGGUGGGACUUGCGCACAGUGGUAGAGAGACAGUUUUCAAUAAUGGAUCUCUGCUGAUCAAGAGUGUCACCAGAAAAGACUCAGGAUACUACACUCUAAGAACAAUUGAUUCAACCUCAAGACCUGAAAUGAUUCGUGCAGAAUUCUUUGUCCACAGCCCGCUGUUAUUCUACAAGAAGCAUCUUACCCCUUCUCAACUCAUAAUUCAGAUGGUGCCACUUUGGGAUGAAAAAAGCAACAAUAUUUUUCUGUGGGUUUUUAAUAUGCCGGAAAAACUUCAAGGCUUUGCCUGGCACAAAGGAGUACUUCCACUUAGCCAUUUGAAGAUAGCAAGCCAUUCAUUCCUCACCAACUCAACCAGGCUGGGGCAUGCAUAUUCUAACAGAGUGAAAGUACGCAAUGAUGGAUCCUUGCUUCUCUUGAAUGUCAAGCAGAAAGACACAGGGAUUUACACCCUACGAACCAUAUCUGUCGAUUUGAAAUCAGAAUGGGUUAUUUUCGACUUCCAAGUAAACAAACCAUGA